UCUGAGAGAGAGAGAGAGAGAGAAAGGGAGAGGGAGAGAAGCUGACUUGCGGCUGCAUCUCAGGGCGCAGUCAGCGUCGGUCCCCGGAGCCUCGCCCGACACCAUGAGCUCGGAAGCCGAGGACCCCAAGGAAGUGGCCACAGAUGUCUUCAACUCCAAAAGUCUGGCCAUUCAGGCCCAGAAGAAGAUCCUUGGAAAAAUGGUGUCCAAAUCAAUAGCAACUACUCUGAUCGAUGAUACAAGCAGUGAUGUUUUAGAUGAGCUCUACAGAGUUACAAGGGAAUAUACACAAAAUAAAAAAGAAGCAGAGAAGAUCAUCAAAAACCUCAUUAAAAUAGUCCUCAAAUUGGCAAUUCUCUACAGGAACAACCAAUUUAAUCAGGAUGAACUAGCCCUGAUGGAGAAAUUCAAGAAGAAGGUUCAUCAGCUGGCUAAGACCGUGGUCAGUUUCCAUCAGGUGGAUUAUACCUUUGACAGGAACUUUUUGUCCAAACUGUUAAAUGAAUGUAGAGAGCUGCUUCAUGAAAUCAUUCAGCGUCACCUAACUGCGAAGUCACACGGACGCGUCAACAAUGUGUUUGAUCACUUCUCUGAUUGUGAAUUCCUGGCUGCCUUGUACAAUCCCUUUGGACCUUAUAAAAUCCAUUUGCAGAAACUUUGUGAUGGGGUCAACAAAAUGCUAGAUGAGGGGAACAUAUAAGUACUUGUAUUAGAGCUGACUGCCUGUGAGUUAUUUGUAGAUGGAACACUGUUGAUUUAUGAAGGAAUAAGGGAGCAUGCAAAGAGGUUUUUUUACAUUAUGACGAAUCUUUCCUAAAUAUCUUUAUUAAUUGAUUUCUUACUAUGCGCUAUCUGUUGCUAUUCACAGUCCAUCUGGAAGAAAAACUGCACAUGACUUUUUUUACUGUGCUUUGCCUAUGGAAACAGCUUGAUAAAGACAAUCAAACAAAAUGGCUCAAGUAGAGUAAGAGUCUUGCAAGAUAGAUAUACAAACCAAAACAAUAUGCUGUCAGACAAUCCGCAUCUUUCACAGAUUAACAGAAUUAAUUCUAAACUAUCAGAAUCCAGUAGUGUUGGUAACAGGCUAUCGUGGUGAUGGUACACUCUGUAAUUUCUUUCAUUUACUUGUAAAAUAGACAUAUUUGAUUCAGUUAUAGUCUUUUAUGCUCUCUGCACAGAUAACCGCUUCCUAGUGUUGCCAUUAUGGAGCAUUGAGUUUUAAAUAAAAUCAGUGAUGUUGUCACAUAGAGUCUUAACAGCAGCCUUGUGCAUCUCCAGCUCAGAGGUGAACACUUCCUGUCUGCAAGGCAGGAUCUCCCAAGUAGAGAUCCUUAUAGACCUGCACAGGUGCUUGCUUCCUUUGACUACAUGGGGAUUAUUUGAGGAAUAAGCUACAGGAAAAUAGCUGGACUGGGGAAGAGAAUUCCCAAGAAACUGCUUGUGGUACAGAAUUUUAACUCUGACUAUGAUAACAUAAAACACAGUGACUUCUCUGUGCAAUUCCUUAAGAUAUUUAGAAUUCUGCUAGUAGAAUCAUAGAAUCAGUCAUUGGUGUUGGAAGGGUGGCAAUUCUUUUCAAAAAGAUGUGAGUCAGUAUAUUCGAUACUCUAGUCUGAUGUGAAUUCACCAAAGUUGAUAAAUAAAUUGCAAGCCAAUUUUCCUUGUGUACAAUGAAAGUAGAAGCAGAAAUUAGUGUUAUCAUUGUGUUAUAUACUAUUUAACUAAUGGAAAAAUGGAAUUUUAAAGAAUUUUUCUUCUUUUCUUACUUCCUACCUUUUAUCCUUUUUUUUCCUCAUCUUCUCUCUGCCUUGACAUUGGGGAUAAAAAAUGUGACUUUCUAGACACUGUAAUGUACUUAAAAGCAUGAAGUUAAUACAUUUCAAACAGCCAAAGACUUUUUGUUAGGAAGCAUAUAAAGAAUUUGCUGUUUAUUUAAUUGCCAGUGUUUUUGCUGUUUGCUGUGUCCUUUUGUUUUAAUGAGUAAACCAAAGAAUAUUUGCACUCCAAA